AAAUCCCACAUUGUCAAUUUGGUAAAAACAACAACAAAUGUGAAAUGAUUAAAAUUUAUAGUCGUCAGCUCUUUGAACAGUCAAAAGUAAACAAAAAAAAAAGAGCAUCCAAGGCUGCCUGCACGGACUCCCUCAAAUUAUUGUCCUGUUUCUUUCCGUUUCCGGGUAUGCUCUGCUGCCUUCCCUUUCCUUCCAUUUUUACUGCAUCAUCACCUAACACACACACGCACACGCUGCAACCAGUGAGAAAUAAUAACAAUGGAGCGUGCGGAGAGCUGCGGCAAGAGCGUGACGACGAGUGAGGAGGAGGAGGUGAUGCCGGAGUCGGAGGAGGGAGAGGUGAUGAUGAUGCAGGAGCAGGACGGUGGUGCGGCGGCGGCGGCGGAAGCCAUGGCGCCGGCGCAGAUCGACUUGAGGAUGGACGUGGCGCUGCUCCACUGCCAGGCCUGCCUCCUCCCCCUCAAGCCCCCCGUCUUCAAGUGCGAGGCCGCCGGGCACGUGGUGUGCUGCUUCUGCCGCGCCGGCCACGCGGGGCUCUGCAGCCGCGCCAGCGCCCACUGCGGCGAGCUGGACGUCGUCGUCGGCGCCGUCAAGGUGCCCUGCCCCUACAGGGCGUUCGGCUGCGACCGCUACCUGGUGUACCACGAGGCCGCGGGCCACCAGCGCGCGUGCCGGUGCGCGCCCUGCUCCUGCCCGGAGCCCGGCUGCGUCUUCGUGGGCUCCCGCGCGACGCUCCUCGGCCACUUCGCCGCCGGCCACCAGCGCCCCGCCGUGACGGUCCGCUACGGCCGGGCCUGGAACCUCGGCCUCUCCCUGGCGCAUCGCUGGCACGCGCUCGUCGGGGAAGAGGACCGCAGCGUGUUCCUCGUGUCCCUGGGCCCGCUCGGCGCGGCCACCGCCGUGUCGCUGCUCUGCGUCAGGCCGGACGGCGAGGACGGGGCGGCGCCCCGGUUCUGGUGCAAGCUCUCCGUGGAGCGCCCGGCGGGCGACGGCAAGGACAACCUGGCCCUCAUGGCCUCGGCGGUGAGCAGCAGCGCGCUGUCCACCGGCGCGCCGGCGCCGGGGCAGGGGAUGUUCUUGGCGGUGCCCCAGGAGCUGAUCUCCGGCGACACGCUCACGCUCAGCGUCCGGAUUGAUCCGAUCCAGCCUGCUGCUGCCGCUGCCGGCGGCGCUCCCAGGUCCGCUACACCGCAGGCCAGGACGCCGAGGAGGAUGCCGACUUGCCCUCUCGCCGCCCGCCCGCCGCUCGGUCCAUCCACCUACCCACGGCAAUGA